GCAUCCAAGCUGAAGGGGCUACAGGCCUACAGCUACACAGCUCCGAUACUCUGUCAAUUCGCAACGCGGUACCAGUAGUUCUCACCACCUCGCGCGAAUAAGUCCCGCUUCCUCAAAUCUCUCUGUGUCUCUUCACUAGGUCGCCGGAACCCUUCGCUGGCGCCAUCACGCCGGUUGCGCUCCUUUAUCUAUCUUCUAUCAGCCGCUGAAUCUCGUCGUAUUUAGGUAAGCAUCUGGCUACUGCCGCGCCGCCUUUUUGUUUUCAACCAUCGCCGGAGCCACGCGCUCUCCCUUAAUCUGGUUGACGCGCGCUGUGGUUCUCAGUGUUUUACCUUUCUGGGUUCCCAAGAAGCCUCGAUACUAGACUUAUUAACGAUGAAAGGUCGGCUUUGGAGGAGAGAGCAUUCCAGCCGCACGAAGGGUUUAGCCCGUCCUCCGAGGGUAUUGGUGAGAUAGGGUUAGCUUAUCCUUCUUGGAGCACGCAUAGACCUAGGGCAAGGCACUCGAAAAGAUGGGGGAUGACGUGGAGAGAGAAAGCAAGAGGAAAUCGUUAUCAUCGGUGGGAAGUCUUGCCGUGCCCGAUGAGGAGGACGAACGGCCGAUUGGAUCCCUGUUCAAUUUGAAAAAGCCGCGGGGUGUGAAGAAAGGUAGGCCUCUGCUGCCGCAGUCUAGGGUUGAAAACCCUAACGUUAAGAUGUUAGAUUUAGGUGGAUUGGAUACUACAUUGGCUUGUUUUAAAAAGAAAUUGAAGGGCCCGAAGAAGGUUAAAGAUGUCUCUGGGGCAGAAUCUUGGGGAGAUGUACUGAAAGGUUCCUCUCCUGACCUUAUGGGCUGUAGCGCUUCAUCUUCUAAGUUGGCACUCUCUGUAAAGCCCCAAACUGGGAGAUCUAAGCGGGCUUUGUCCAAGGGGGAUGGUGAUGUUUGGGAUUUUGAGCUUCUUGGGAUCUCUGAUGGUUCUUCUGAUUCAAGCUUGGAAGAUUCUUUGUCUGCCUACAUCCAGAGGGCCCAAUCAAGCGCUGGUUUUGGAGUGCAGUCUACUAAAACACAGAUCAAACAGACAUCAAGCACUUUGGGUUCUGGGGAUGUGUCAAAGGAUAGGUUCGAUGGGGAGCAGAAACAUCCCAGGGUUGUCAGGCAGGGAAGAAAAUGUACUGCUGCCCCUUAUGCAGAGUUGAAGGUGGUUGCUAGAAUUGAUGGAAUUCCAGAUCAGAUUUCCAAUGAUGAAAGCAUGUGGGCAGGGUUUGCCAGGGAAUCAGACCCUUUGCUGGAACUGAAGAAGAGAAGUAGAAGCCGAAAAUCUGACAGAUCUGUCAAAGACGGCCCAUCUGGAGAUCAGAUUAAUGAAGAUGAAAACACAAGGGCAAGAUUUGCUGAGAAAACAAACUUUUUACUGGCACCGAAGAGAAGAGGGAGAAUCAGAAAAUCAGACAGAACAGUUAAAGACUCAGUCUCUGGAAGAGUGAAAGCUUCCCCUUUGAUUCCUACAGUUGAAUUUAAGGUAGAUCGUGAUAGGGUUGACAAUAGUGGUCUUGAUAGAGCAUCACAAGAAGUUUUGGAGAAUUCAGCAGUCGCUUGUGUUGACCUUGAGAUAGGUGAAAUUAAAGCAGGAAGUGAAGAAGGUGGAAUAAGCAAUCUUUUAGGCCAUGAGAAUGGAUACAAUCCAAAUUCUAGUGGAUUAAUUCAUGAACUAAGAUGUUGCCAAGAUAAAGAGGAGUUGCAAUCCUUGCAUGAUGGCUUGCAGCAUUGUUCCAAUGGUAGCAUGAGCCAGAAGCAUGAAAUUGUUGAGCUUUGUUCAAGUGCUGUAUCUCCAACUAGAACCUGUAGGAUUGCUGAAUCUAGUCAAUUUUCUCAAACAAUUGAUGAAGAAGUGAAUCAAAAUUUGAUGAUGGUGACAUCAGAACACUUUGGCUUCCAAAAGGAAGCUUCUGCUAUUAGCCUUUCCCUUGUUCAGGAUUCAUGUUCGCCGCAGUUGACAAUGAUACCUGAGAAUGUUUCAGGGUCUGCUGAUUUGUUAAAUCAAUCAUUUGAUUAUAAUUCUCAAGCACUUCCUCCCUGGACAUCACUGAAGAAUGAUGCUACUUCUUUUGGAGAUAAUACGUUGAAUGACUCAUGUAUAGAAGCUUUAAGUCAGAAGGCUGGUACUAGAACUGAAUCCAUUAGUCUGCCAUUUGUUGAAGCAACUGCAAGGGAACCUGCUUUUUCUGAGAAGCUAAUAGAACUAUCUGAAGAGACUUCACAUAUUGCUGAGAAGAUGACAAUUUCAUCCCCUUUGAAGUGCAUUGUUGCACCUGUUAGUCGAAAAGCUUUGAACCAAUCUGUUGAGGAAGGAUUGGCAAAGCAACCUGUUGUUGUUGCGUGCAAAGAACAAAUUCAGGUUGCAAGUGAAGAUCUUACCAUUUCUAAUGUUCUUGAUGUAUCAUUGCAUAAUGCUUUUAUUACUAAUGGAAUUGAACAACUUGGAGAAUCUAAACAACCUGAUUCUGGUCAUUCGGACCCUGAACCAACAGUUCUAAGGGCAGUACGGAAUGCGAAAAAACGCAAGCAUGGUGACAUGGCUUAUGAAGGAGAUGAUGGUUGGGAAGUUCUCAUCCAUGAGCAAGGACUUUUUACAAACAUUUCUGUUGAUGAUUACCAGUCUACCACCAAUGUAGAGAAACCUAGUGUUUCCAGUGUUGUAUGGGAUGCAAGUGAUGGAGGUGCAGCAGCUGUUGCGGCUGGUCUGAAAGCUAAUGCCCUUAGCCCAAUUGAGAAAAUCAAAUUUAAAGACGUUAUUAAGCGCAAAGGUGGUAUUCAGGAAUAUCUGGAAUGCAGGAAUUUAAUUUUUCAUCAUUGGAGUAAAGAUGUGAAACAUAUGUUGACUUUUGAAGAUUGCGGGCUAUCUUAUGGUACUUUGGAAGAUGAGCCUCCUCGAAUAUCCCUUAGCCGUGAUAUCUUUAUGUUUCUUGAUCAACAUGGAUAUAUCAAUUCAGGCAUUGCUGCAGAAAGAAGUCCUAGAAGCUCUGCUUUACUUAUUUCUGGAUCACCAAAGGAAUCAAAAUCAAAGAGAACCUGUGAUUUGCGGAACGCUAGUUCUGAGGAGGAAGCAGCGUGCCUUGUAGGUGAGGUUGAGGGUUCUGCAAAUAUUAGUGCAUCAGUCAACGCUGUAGCAUUCCAAGGUCAACUUAAAAAAAGUGUGUCUGAAAAAGAUGCUAAUGAUGAUAAGGAUCCUCUUGAGUCUAGCCUAAUAUCUGAAUUAUCUGGAAAUGCAAAUAUUGUAGAAAAUGCAGGGGCCCUUAAUGAUUCAGUGUUUGCAUCGAGUGAUAUGCGAUCAGUUGACUGCACCUGCAAAUCAAGGGAAUCUUAUUAUGAUAAAGCAGCAAGUUUCUGUGCAGUCCAUCCUUGGGAAAGAGAUGUUGAAGGUCAUAGUACGGUUAUACUUGAUAUUCCAAGAAGCUGUGGGAUGGUUGAUCAUCCAAUGGAAUCACAUGUGUCCCCGAAGCAGAAAGCCACUAAAGGGAGUGGUUGUGCUGAAUCCAAUUAUAGUUUGCAGAAGAAAAUAGUAAUUGUUGGAGCUGGGCCUGCUGGUUUGACCGCAGCUCGCCAUUUACAGCGUCAAGGCUAUUCUGUUACUGUGCUGGAGGCUCGAGGCAGGAUAGGAGGUCGGGUGUGCACAGAUCGAAAGUCCCUUUCAGUUCCUGUGGAUCUUGGAGCCAGCAUUAUAACUGGUGUCCAGGCUGAUGUUGCAACUGAAAGAAGGCCAGACCCUUCCUCUCUAAUAUGUACUCAAUUAGGCCUGGAGUUGACCGUUUUAAACAGUGAUUGCCCUCUUUAUGACAUAGUAACAGGCCAUAAAGUGCCCACUGAUUUGGAUGAGGCUCUUGAAGCAGAAUACAAUAGUCUCCUUGAUGACACCUUGUUAUUCAUAUCACAACUUGGUGAGAAUGCAAUGACUAUGUCUCUUGAGGAUGGGCUGGAAUAUGCUCUUAGGAGGUGUCGGAUGUCUUUGUCAACAUCACCUGUUGUAAAGGCAGAACAGUUAAACAUUGCUUCUGAAUCAGGUAGUAUGGAGAAGGUUGGACCUUCAGUCAAAAAUGGAACUCAAUGUCGCAAUGGUGGUGUUCAGAAAACAGAUAUACUGAGUCCUCUUGAAAGAAGGGUGAUGGACUGGCACUUUGCAAACUUGGAGUAUGGAUGUGCUGCCUCACUUGAGCAAGUAUCCCUUCCUUAUUGGAAUCAGGAUGAUGUUUAUGGAGGAUUUGGGGGGGCUCAUUGUAUGAUUAAAGGUGGUUAUGGCGCUGUUUUAGAUAGUUUGGUUAAGGGCCUUGACAUACGCUUGAAUCAUGUAGUCACUGAAAUCUUUUAUGACAUUACAGAUCUUAAUGGAUCUGUUCAACAGUUAAACAAAGUGAAAAUAUGCACAUCAAAUGGCAAAGAGUUUUCAGCAGAUUCAGUCUUGAUUACCAUUCCACUAGGUUGCCUUAAAGCAAACACCAUCAUAUUUUCUCCAGCUCUGCCUGAUUGGAAAGAGUCUUCUAUCCAAAGGCUUGGUUUUGGUGUGUUGAAUAAGGUAGUAUUAGAGUUUCCUAAUGUUUUUUGGGACGAAACUGUAGAUUAUUUUGGGGCUACUGCAGAAGAAACAGAUAGCAGGGGCCGUUGUUUCAUGUUUUGGAAUGUCAUGAAAACAGUUGGUGCCCCAGUUCUUAUAGCACUCUUGGUUGGGAAAGCAGCUGUAUAUGGACAGAAUUUAAGUUCUGCUGAUCAUGUUAAUCAUGCUUUGAUGGUUCUCCGUAAGCUUUUUAGUGAAGCUUCUGUGCCUGAUCCUGUUGCGCAUGUCGUCACAAAUUGGGGUAUGGAUCCUUUCAGCAGGGGUGCCUACUCCUAUGUUGCAGUUGGGGCUUCUGGGGAGGACUAUGAUAUCUUAGGAAAGCCUGUUGCGAACUGUUUAUUUUUUGCUGGAGAAGCCACCUGCAAAGAGCACCCAGAUACAGUUGGUGGUGCAAUGAUGAGUGGACUUCGAGAAGCUGUACGUAUUAAUGACAUCUUAAGUACUGGUAAGGAUUAUGUCAUGGAGGUUGAGGCAAUAGAGGACAUGCAAACAAGGUCUGAUUGUGAAAGAAAUGAACUGCGAGACCUGUCGAAGAGACUUGAUGCAUGUAAACUUUCCCGUUAUAGUUGUGGUAUCUCUUCAGAUGGAGCACACAAGUUAUUGGCUGAGGAAGCCCUACUGCAGGACAUGUUCAUCAGUGCAAAAACAACUUCUGGAAGAUUACAUCUUGCUAAAGAGAUGUUGAGUCUUCCUGUGGAAGUUCUGAAGUCCUUUGCUAGCAACAGAGAAGGCCUUAGCAUUCUGAAUUCUUGGAUUCUUGAUUCAUUGGGAAAGAACGCCACACAGCUUCUGCGUCAUUGUGUCCGUUUACUUGUCCUUGUAUCAACUGAUCUCCUAGCUGUUCGACAAUCUGGGAUUGGUAAGACAAUCAAGGAGAAAGUCUGUGUACAUACCAGUAGAGAUAUUCGUGCCAUAGCAAGCCAGCUAGUAAGUAUGUGGAUAGAAGUUUUCCGCAAGGAAAAAGCUGCAAAUGGUAGAUUGAAGCUUCUGAGGCAGACAGCAGCAUCUGAACAGUCAAAGUUCAGAUCUAAAGAUCAAAAAGUAGGAAUUGCUCCUUUAAGCAAGGGAAGCGAAGCAGUGGAUAUUAAGGCUAUUCUUUUGCUUCCUUCAUCUGCUGGAAGCCAUUCACCAUCCACAGCAAAAACUAGGAAAACUGAAAAGGCAGGAAAAUUAGAGUCGGUAGCAGAUAGGAACUUGGCAGACUCUCAGAAGAAGAUUCAGAAUUUGGAUUCUAAAAUAGAGGGUGCCACCGCCCUAUCUGAAGAAGCUUCUGCCCUUGAUGCGGCUGAAGCUGCGCAUGCUUCUGCUAUUGCAGCAGCAAAGGCAUUUGCAUCUUCUGAAGCAGAGAUCAGCGCAUUUCGUGAACUCCCAAAGAUACCUUCUUUUCAUAAAUUUGCUAGGCGUGAUCAACAUGUGCAGAUGGAUGACUCCGAUCUCAGAAAGAGAUGGUCAGGUGCUGUUUCUGGGAAGCAAGAUUGCACGUCUGAGAUUGACUCAAGAAAUUGUAGGGUUAGAGAUUGGUCUCUUGAUUUUGCUUCUACCUGCAGAAAUCUUGAGAGAUCAAAACUUUCUGAUGAUAUGAACCAAAGUCUUUCAAAUGAGAUCGAGUGUCCAUUAAAUCUUGGGGAGCAUUCAGGAGAAAGUGGAACAAUUGAUAGUAGAUUGACAAAGGCAUGGGUUGAUACUGAUUCUGCUAGUAAUGGUGCGGUGAAAGAUUCUUCAGCCAUUGAGAGAUGGCAACGACAAGCAAUGGAUGCAGAUGCAGAAUUUUAUAAUCGUUUUCAUUUGAGGGAUGAAGAGGACUCCAAUAGAAUACAGAAGCUGCAAGCUUUAAAGCAGCAUGAACCUGCUGAUGGAAUGUAUGCUUCACAUGUUGCAGAAAACAAAUCUUCAUGUGAAGGUAAUCCUAGAGGAGUGGAACACGUUAAGCAAGGUGUUGUGGAUUAUGUUGCAUCACUUCUGAUGCCUCUUUAUAAAACGAGGAAGAUUGAUAAAGAAGGUUACAAGUCUAUUAUGAAGAAAACUGCAACAAAGGUUGUUGAACAGUGCACAGAGGCAGAGAAAGUGAUGACUGCAAAUGAGUUUCUAGAUUUCAGGCGCAAGAACAAGAUUAGAGCUUUUGUCGACAAGUUGAUUGAAAUGCACAUGGCAAUGAGACCCCCGGCAAACUCUUGAUGAUUGUCUUGCUGCAGAUACUCUGCGUAUAAUUCAUCACUGCAGCUUGUUGCUGCAAGAACCUUAAGCAAGUGAGGAGUUUCUCAUCGACCAACUCCAGAACUGGAUGUAUUUCUUGCAAACUGAAUUGCAUGAACACCAUUGAUUGUGCACCUUGAUUUCAUGAUUAUGGCAAACGAAUAGUUGAGAGAUCAGCCUAAUUUUAAAAUACCAGUCUGGUUUCCAUGUUGCAAGUUGUGUGGGUUUUCCCCAUCUUGUUUAUUAUGGAUUCUUCACUGGACGAUGGUGCUCUGGUUUCUUUGACGUACAAGGUCAGUUUUGGUUUGCAAGCAAUGCAAAAGAAGAUCAGGAGUUCAAAAUUCAUGCACGUGGAAGGCCGACUGGUUAUGUGCUAGACCUAGUUCAAGGAAUUCUUUCUAUAUGUUGGACGCCCAUCAAAGAUAAACAGAUUAGAAUGUUUUUGUUGUGUGGCAUUAUCCACAUCACACAAGAACCGAUGUAUUUUUAGGUUCUAGUUUGACCCUAUUCUUUGCUUAGGGACUCAUACAUGUUUACAAGAUUCCUCUUUUUUGGGGUGGUUCUGUACAGUUUUUCUUUUUUUUGAGAUUUUUCUGUGUUAAAUGCCAACUAACAUGACAAGUUAAUUCCUCUUGAUUUGCUGAUUUCUGCAAUCAGAACAAAGUGGGGAAAAAUGCAUCUAGAGUUUGGUGUUGUUUU